AUGCAGAGAACAACAGAGAAAACGGCUGCGGAUGCAACAGCCACGGCCUCGGCUUCGGCCUCAGCCGCAGCAUCCACGUGCAUUAAGAUUAACAUUAGCAACUGCAAAUCGAAUCAUCCCGCAGCUCGAAGCGGCGGCGGUGGAGGCGGCGGAGGAGGUGGUGCUGGCGGCGGCGGUUUGCUGAUGUUACCCACACAGACACAUCACAAUCUGCAGCUAGAUAAAAUUUCCGUGCGCUCGAUUAGUUCCGAGGAUAUAUCCAAUGGCGGCAGCGGCAGAUGCUGCAGUGCCGCAGCACGAAAUCCGGCCAUAAAAACGGGACGACGCCUGCAGCUGAUGCAGAUGAUAAUUCUGCCAUUUAUACCAAUAUUGGCAUUGAUUGUGCAAACAUCGCUAACACUGCAGGAGAUAUUGGAGUACCGGGCCGAUGUUGCAGACAUUGAGACGCAGGUGACAAUUGCAACGGACUUGGGUAAAGUUGUCACACGACUGCAGCUGGAACGUUCCGAGGUGGCCUUCUAUAUCUUCACCAACGGCAGCAAGCAGCGGGCGAAUCUGACACAACGCUUUGCCAACACGGAUCACGCGCUGAACAACAUGACCACAUGGAGCGAGAUAAGUGUGCCAACGGCGCCGGAUGAGGACGAGGACGACCGGGAGGUCAUGUUGAAUCGCAACGAGUUUCAGAGUCGCCUCAAUGAGUUCAGAGAACGUGUGCGCCUGGAGCCGGAGGAUAGCUCCAUUACCGAAGUGAUGAACUGGUAUACAUCCAUCAAUCGCGGCCUGCUCCACCAUCUGAACGAACAAAUCAAGGAGACGGACAGCAGCGGUGUCUGGCGUUAUCUGGUGGGUUUCAAGAAUCUGCUAAAGAGCAUCGAGUGCCAGAAUAUAGCCACCUCCUUUGGCAUACGCUACUACGGACGCGGACCGCUCACCGCCGAUAAUUUUGUGUCCUAUGUCCGUUACGAGUUUAUGGCCCGCGAGCUGAUCAACUCCACGCUUAACUACGCGCCCAUGCUGAAGGCCAUGUACACAGACAUAACCAAUACCAAGAAAUUUCAUCGCGUUAAGCUCAUGAGCAAUCUGGUGCUAAAGAAUAAGCCGAAUAUAUCUGACGAGCGCAGCGCAAUUGAAUAUAAUGAAUUCAUGCACAACUACACGGACGAUCUGCGCAUACUGCAAAAGGCGCUUCGACGUCUAAUUAAGGAAUAUGUGGACAAAACUCUGAUGGAGGCGGAUCACAAGGAGGCCAUCGGCAUAGCCAUACUAGUUGUUGUGCUGCUAGUAUCGCCAAUUAUUAUUAUACUAGUCAGGAAUGCGGCAGCAACUAUACAGCUUUAUGCCAUGAAUCUAUCCCAAAAAGCCAAGGAGCUGAAGCGCGAGAAACGCAAAAGUGAUUCGCUGCUUUUUCAAAUGCUGCCGCCCAGUGUGGCCAUGCAGCUGAAACAGACGCAACAGGUGCCCGCUGAGCUGUACGAGGCUGUAACCAUUUACUUUAGCGAUAUUGUGGGCUUCACCGAAAUUGCGGCCGAGUGCACGCCGCUGGAGGUCGUGACCUUUCUCAAUUCAAUCUAUCGCGUAUUUGACGAACGCAUCGAAUGCUAUGAUGUCUACAAAGUGGAAACCAUUGGCGACUCCUAUAUGGUUGCCUCGGGCCUGCCCGUGAAAAACGGCAACCAGCACAUCAGCGAGAUUGCAACAAUGGCACUUGAUUUGCUGGACGCCUCGUCUGUGUUCAGAAUUCCACGCGCCGGCGACGAGUUUGUGCAAAUACGCUGCGGCGUUCACACCGGACCCGUGGUGGCUGGCAUUGUGGGCACCAAAAUGCCACGAUAUUGUCUAUUCGGUGACACUGUGAACACCGCAUCGCGCAUGGAGAGCACCGGCGAGGCGCAGAAGAUACAUAUCACCGAGGAGAUGCACGAGGCGCUGGAGCAGGUCGGCGGUUUCAAGACCGAGCAUCGCGGUCUCAUCGAUGUCAAGGGCAAGGGACUGAUGAGCACCUAUUGGCUAACCUGCAAGGAUGGGCCGGUGCGUGCGCGUGAGGAGAUAUCCUGGUGUGCCGAUAUGCAGCCCGUUUUCCUGGAUCAUCUAAAGCUGCAUCCGCCGUCAGACUACAAGCUGCCCAAACGUAAAUGAGCGACAGACAAGCGACAGGCGACAAGCGACAAUUUCCAAAUCAGCAAAAUUACUACUGUUAUCCACCCCUCUAUAUAUAUAUAUACUUGUGUGUGGCUUUGUGUGCGCGUGCAUGUGUCCUAGAUAUUCCGUAACGCCCAGUGGGCGUAAUUAGCCCAUCCAUGUAAUCUGCAGCGUGGCUAAAAAUACGCUGCAUAAUUAGGUACAAGCUAUAAUAGUCACAACUGUUUGUCUGUUAGUUUUAACUAAAGCCCAAAACUCUCAAUUAGCUCUCAUAUAUAAUCACUUACUAUAUAAUCUUAUAUAUAUAUGUAUAUCUCUCUAUAUAUGGCAAAUCCAGCUGAUUUGAUAACUCAUAUUAUUUACUUUACUUCCUAUUUAUAUCGAAUAAGUCUAUAUACCUAUGUUAAAGAUAUUUGGCUAACGAUAGAUAUUAUAGCAAUAUUAUAGCAUGCGUGCUAUAUAUGCUACUUAAAUGUGUAGUUUGAGCCAGUUGCUCGAAUAAAUGUUAUACUCAUUCAAACAUAGUCGAAGCAAGCCAAGUAUGAAUACCUGCCAGCUGCUCGAAGUCUGGCUGCUGUUGCCGCUGGGUCUGGUCUGUGCCGGUCGGGGGACCUUCAACCGGAAUAGCGAUGAUCAGUUUCAGUUGCUAAUUGCCGGCGGCAUAAUACCGGACAACAGUAAAUAUACCAGGAGUAUUGUGUCCAUACGUACAAUGAAAUACAUUAAAUAUUUUGGCGAUAAUCAUUUUUGCACCGGCGUUAUUAUCAGCAGCCGGGCCAUUUUAACGGCGGCUCACUGUGUCACAGACCGGCACAAGGCCAUUGUGAAUCCGCACGGCAUACUGGUCGUGUUUGGUACAUUGAAUCGACUAGACGCUCACACUGAGGAAUAUAAACGGUUUGUGGAUCGCGUUGUGAUGCAUCCAAAAUAUCGUCGUUAUGUCAACUACGAUGUGGCUAUAUUGUAUUUAAGGGAACGCAUGCCCGAAAAUAUCAGGUUUGCAAAGCCGAUACCGAAACGAAGGCGCCUCCGAAUAGUUGAGGGCAUGAGCUGCAUCACCUUGGGCUGGGGUCAGGUCUAUCCGCAUGGUCCGUAUGCUAAUCAAUUGAUGUAUUUGGAUGUUACCGUUCGGAAUCAUGAAUUUUGCCAUGAUAUGGAAAACUUUGUAUCCGAGGGCAAUAUCUGUGUGGAGCCGUUUGCAGAGGGACAAAUUUGUCCCGGCGAUAUGGGCUCUCCAAUAUUAUGCCAGGGCUAUUUGGCGGGCAUUGCGGGUGGUGCACAGAAAUGCGAGGGCAUUAGGUCGAUCAAGUUUGUCAAUUACACUCAUGUGGAGAAAUGGAUCGAUAAAACUGUUCGGGAGCUCUCUGGCAGCAGCAAUUGCAUAUUGUCUCCAUUUCUUUAUGCAUUAUAUAUUAUAAUAGUUGCUUAAGCCCGUCAACUGCCUUUGGCAGUGUCAGUGUUGCGAAACGUUACACUUUUGUAUAGUGUGUGCACAAAAAUGAUGUAUACUAAUUAAAUUUUGUUCAUCUGGUAUCACUAAAUUUAAGGUCUUAAAUAAAUAAAUGCACCGAGCUGGCAACACUGUCACGUA